UAGAGGUUAUAUGUAUAUAUAUAUGAACAUUAUUCGCUCUGAUGCAUCACUGCAGUUUGUAGUAAAGAGAAAAGAUGGAUAUUUUGUCUAUUCUCCUACCUCUCCUAAUACUGACUAUUGGAUUCAGUUCUGCUGCGCUUGAUAGAGGGGGAUCACUAGCAGCAUCAGAAUCAACAGCUGCUGCAGAAGGAAGAAGAGCAAGCGCUGCAUCAGGAGCGGCAGCUGCAUCUGAUGUAGGAGGAUCACUCGCUGCAUCAGGAUCAACAGCUGCUGCGGAAGGAAGAAGAGCAAGCGCUGCAUCAGGAUCAACAGCUGCUGGAGAAGGAAGAAAAGCAAUCGCUACAUCAGGAGCAACAGCUGCAUCGAAAAGAGGGGGAUCAACCGCUGGAUCAGCAGCAGAGGCAGCAGGAGGGGGAGGGGGGUCAGAAUCAGCAGAAGGAAACAUUUACGGAUCAACAGUCGGAACAUCAGGAAGCGGAAUUACAAGAGGAUCAAAUGUCAUCUACAGUUACAACGACGCUGGAAAUUCUGCCUUCUCAGGCAUUUACGCAAACAACGGAGGAACGGGAGGCUACUACUUCUACGAAACUCCUGAUUACUCAGCUGCAACAGGAGAAGGAGGAGCAGGCGUUUACUCACAAAGCAGUAACUUCAACAACGAUUAUGGAGAAUUUUUGAAUGGCCCGAUAUAUUCGAGUGAUAUAGAUCCAUCAGUUGGUGACUAUGAUUCCGAAAUAUACCGGAUAUCAACUGGAACUGCUCAAAGAGCUGGAGGUAGAGGUUAUGGAUCAGGAGCAGGUGCUGCAUCAGGAGCAACAGCUGCUGCUGAAGGAAGAAGAGCAAACGCUGCAUCAUUAGCAGCAGCUGCAUCGGAAAGAGGGGGAUCACUCGCUGCAUCAGGAUCAACAGCUGCUGCAGAAGGAAGAAGAGCAAACGCUGCAUCAGGGGCAGCAGCUGCGUCGGGAAGAGGAGGAUCGCUCGCCGCAUCUGGAUCAACAGCUGCUGCCGAAGGAAGAAGAGCAAACGCUGCAUUAGGAGCAGCAGCUGCGUCGGGAAGAGGAGGAUCGCUCGCCGCAUCUGGAUCAACAGCUGCUGCCGAAGGAAGAAGAGCAAACGCUGCAUCAGGAGCAGCUGCGUUGGGAAGAGGAGGAUCACUCGCUGCAUCAGGAUCAACAGCUGCUGCAGAAGGAAGAAGAGCAAACGCUGUAUCAGGGGCAGCAGCUGCGUCGGGAAGAGGAGGAUCACUCGCUGCAUCAGGAUCAACAGCUGCUGCAGAAGGAAGAAGAGCAAACGCUGCAUCAGGGGCAGCAGCUGCCUCGGGAAGAGGAGGAUCACUCGCUGCAUCAGGAUCAACAGCUGCUGCAGAAGGAAGAAGAGCAAACGCUGCAUCAGGGGCAGCAGCUGCGUCGGGAAGAGGAGGAUCACUCGCUGCAUCAGGAUCAACAGCUGCUGCAGAAGGAAGAAGAGCAAACGCUGCAUCAGGGGCAGCAGCUGCCUCGGGAAGAGGAGGAUCACUCGCUGCAUCAGGAUCAACAGCUGCUGCAGAAGGAAGAAGAGCAAACGCUGCAUCAGGAGCGGCAGCUGCCUCGGGAAGAGGAGGAUCACUCGCUGCAUCAGGAUCAACAGCUGCUGCAGAAGGAAGAAGAGCAAACGCUGCAUCAGGAGCGGCAGCUGCCUCGGGAAGAGGAGGAUCACUCGCUGCAUCAGGAACAACAGCUGCUGCAGAGGGAAGAAGAGCAAUCGCAGCAUCAGGAGCAACAGCUGUAUCUGAAAGAGGGGGAUCAACAGCUGGAUCAGGAGCAGAGGCAGCAGGAGGUGUAGGAGGAUCAGAAUCAGCAGAAGGAAUCAUUUACGGAUCAACAGUCGGAACAUCAGGAAGCGGAAUUACAAGAGGGUCAAAUGUCAUCUACAGUUACAACGACGCUGGAAAUUCUGCCGUCCCAGGCAGUUACGCAAGCAACGGAGGAACUGGAGGCUACUACUUCUACGAAACUCCUGAUUACUCAGCUGCUACAGGAGAAGGAGGAGCAGGCGUUUACUCACAAAGCAGUAACUUCAACAACGAUUAUGGAGAAUUUUUGAAUGGCCCGAUAUAUUCGACUGAUAUAGAUCCAUCAGUUGGUGACUAUGAUUCCGAAAUAUAUUGGAUAUCAACUGGAACUGGUCAAAGAAAUGGAGGUAGAGGUUAUGGAUCAGGAGCAGGUGCUGCAUCAGGAGCAACAGCUUCUGCUGAAGGAAGAAGAGCAAACGCUGCAUCAGGAGCAGCAGCGGCGUCGGGAAGAGGAGGAUCUCUCGCCGCAUCUGGAUCAACAGCUGCUGCAGAAGGAAGAAGAGCAAACGCUGCAUCAGGAGCGACAGCAGCAUCGGGAAGAAGAGGAUCACUCGCUGCAUCAGGAUCAACAGCUGCUGCAGAAGGAAGAAGAGCAAGCGCUGCAUCAGGAGCGGCAGCGGCGUCGGGAAGAGGAGGAUCGCUCGACGCAUCUGGAUCAACAGCUUCUGCAGAAGGAAGAAGAGCAAGCGCUGCAUCAGGAUCAACAGCUGCUGCAGAAGGAAGAAGAGCAAGCGCUGCAUCAGGAUCAACAGCUGCUGCAGAAGGAAGAAGAGCAAGCGCUGUAUCAGGAGCAGCAGCGGCGUCGGGAAGAGGAGGAUCACUCGCCGCAUCAGGAUCAACAGCUGCUGCAGAAGGAAGAAGAGCAAACGCUGCAUCAGGAGCGGCAGCUGCAUCGGGAAGAGGAGGAUCACUCGCUGCAUCAGGAUCAACAGCUGCAGCAGAAGGAAGAAGAGCAAGUGCUGCAUCAGGAGCGGAAGCUGCAUCGGAUACAGGAGGAUCACUCGCCGCAUCAGGAUCAACAGCUGCUGCAGAAGGAAGAAGAGCAAGCGCUGCAUCAGGAGCGGCAGCUGCAUCGGGAAAAGGAGGAUCACUCGCUGAACCAGCAGCCGAGGCAGCAGGAGGUGGAGGGGGAUCAGAAUCAGCAGAAGGAAUCCUUUACGGAUCAACAGUCGGAACAUCAGGAAGCGGAAUUACAAGAGGAUCAAAUGUCAUCUACACUUACAACGACGCUGGUAAUUCGGCCUUCUCAGGCAGUUACGCAAGCAACGGAGGAACGGGAGGCUACUACUUCUACGAAACUCCUGAUUACUCAGGUGCUACAGGAGAAGGAGGAGCAGGCGUUUACUCACAAAGCAGUAAAUUUAACAAUAAAUAUGGAGGAAUUUCGAAUGGCCCAAUAUAUUCGAGUGAUAUAGAUCCAUCAGUUGGUGACUAUGAUUCCGAAAUUUAUUGGAUAUCAACUGGAACUGCUGAAAGAGCUGGAGGUAGAGGUUACGGAUCAGGAGCAGGUGCUGCAUCAGGAGCAACAGCUGCUGGAGAAGGAGGGAGAGCAAGUGCUGCAUCAGGAGCAGCAGCUGCAUCGGGAAGAGAAGGAUCACUCGCUGCAUCAGGAUCAGCAGCUGCUGCAGAAGGAAGGAGAGCAAGCGCUGCAUCAGGAGCGGCAGCUGCAUCGGGAAGAGGAGGAGCAAACGCUGCAUCAGGAGCAGGAGCAGCAUCGGAUAGAGGGGGAUCAGUCGCUGCAUCAGGAUCAACGGCUGCUGCAGACGGAAGAGGAGCAAGCGCUGCAUCUGGAGCAGCAGCUGCAUCGCAAAGAGGGGGAUCACUUGCUGCAUCAGGAUCAACGGCUGCUGCAGACGGAAGAGGAGCAAGCGCUGCAUCUGGAGCAGCAGCUGCAUCGCAAAGAGGGGGAUCACUUGCUGCAUCAGGAUCAACAGCUGCUGUAGACGGAAGAGGAGCAAGCGCUGCAUCUGGAGCAGCAGCUGCAUCGCAAAGAGGGGGAUCACUUGCUGCAUCAGGAUCAACAGCUGCUGUAGACGGAAGAAGAGCAAACGCUGCAUCAGGAGCAGCAGCAGCAUCGCAAAGAGAGGGAUCAGUCGCUGCAUCAGGAUCAACAGCUGCUGCAGACGGAAGAGGAGCAAGCGCUGCAUCAGGAGCGGCAGCUGCAUCGGGAAGAGGAGGAUCACUCGCUGCAUCAGGAUCAACAGCUGCUGCAGAAGGAAGAAGAGCAGGCGCUGCAUCAGGAGUGGCAGCUGCAUCGGGAAGAGAAGGAUCACUCGCUGCAUCAGGAUCAGCAGCUGCUGCAGAAGGAAGGACAGCAAUCGCAGAAUCAGGAGCAGCAGCUGCAUCGGAAAGAGGGGGAUCAACCGCUGGAUCAGCAGCAGAGGCAGCAGGUGGUGGAGGGGGAUCAGAAUCAGCAGAAGGAAUCCUUUACGGAUCAACAGUCGGAACAUUAGGAAGCGGAAUUACAAGAGGAUCAAAUGUCAUCUACAGUUACAACGACGCUGGAAAUUCUGCCUUCUCGGGCAGUUACGCAAGCAACGGAGGAACGGGAGGCAACUACUUCUACGAAACUCGUGAUUAUUCAGCUGACACAUUAGAAGGAAUUGCAAGCGGUUACUCACAAAGCACUAACUUUAACAACGAUUUUGGAGGAUUUUUGAAUUUCCCGAUAUAUUCGAGUUAUAUAUAUCCAUCAGUUGGUGACUAUGAUUCCGAAAUAUAUAGGAUAUCAACUGGAACUGAUGAAAGCGCUUUAAGAAAUUUUGGUGCAGUAUCUGGAGUGGCAGCAAAAUCGAUCUACAGUGAUGUACCAGGUGAGGGAAGGGGAGCCGCUGCGAACGCAGGAUCCUUUAGUUUUUAUGGGUAG